UCUGACAUCAAUUUCUUUGUAUUUGUUUUUAAAAAAGUUUGCAUUGUACAAUAAAUAUUUAUAUUGUCAAAAAAUGGGUCAACCGCUAAAAGUCCAAGGCGAAGAAUGCUGGAUAAAAUCUGAACCAGCAGACGAAGAUGACUAUAACGUUGCCGACACCGAUCCAUUUACAGAAGUUGAACCGGAAUAUGGGAAGAUUAAGGUGGAAAUUAAAAGUGAGAAUUACGAAAGUACAUCAGAAGUAGAAGAUGCACCGCUGGACACACUUCAAAAUAACAAUCAAACGCAACGAAGCAAAACGGUAGUGUACGCUUGUAAGGAAUGUGGACAGGCCUUCUUCCGGAGAUGCCACCUUACCAGACAUCUUCACAUACAUUCCGGUGAAAAUCGUAUUGACGGAAUGCAAUUUUCACAAGUAGAGCCACAGAAGAGAAAGCACACUGAUGAAAGACCAUACAGCUGUCACCCCUGCAAAUUGCAUUUUGUGUACCAAGAAUCCCUGGAAAAACACAUGAAAAAAGAGCAACAUCAUGCAGCAGUAGCUGCGGCUGCCGCAGCUGCCGUCAUCAAAGAAACAAUUUUUCCAUGCGAUGAAUGCGACAAGAAAUUCACCCGAAACAGCGAUCUCCAAAUCCACAAACUACGACACGGAAUUGUACUUGACUGUGACGAAUGUGGCAAGGUCUUUUCCCGGAAGAGUCACCUCAUCAGACACAAGCUCAUUCAUUCGGGUGAAAAACAAUUUGCGUGCGAAUUUUGCGAAAAGAAAUUUUCACAAAAUGUUCACUUGAGAACACACAAAUUAAAACACAUCAACGACAGACCCACAUACAAUUGUCAAAAAUGCGAUAAGAAAUUCAAGAGCCUGAAAGGGCUGCAGAAUCAUCAACAGCAACACUGAACAAUAUUGAUUACUAUGAUUAACUGUUGCCGAAAUAAAUGAAUGAAUGAUGUGAAGUAGGGUGAUAUGAAACAUACAGGAGGAGACCCAGAUGACUGAAAUUUUUGUUGUCGUUUUAAUAAAUCU